AUGCUCGUACGCACGCCGCCGCCAGUUCUCACGCAUGCGGCGUCAACCACCGGCGACCAGGCUGAGCUCGAGCUGCGCACGCCUCCCGGCUCCGUCCUGCGCGCCACCUCCGACCGGUCCCAGCCUCCCAGGAUGUCAUCUACUGCAUCUCGUCAAUCCGUGGACCAGCCAGAGACAGAUCGUGCCCUUGCGCUUAAGAGAAAUUCUGAUGAUGUGGGGUGGGAGUAUGGAGUUUUGAUUGAUCCAAAUGAUCAGAAUGUAAUCAAGUGCAAGUUGUGCCCAAAGGUCGUGAAGGCAGGAAUCUAUAGGCUCAAAUUGCAUAUUGCCGGCAAGAAAGGAGAAGUUCGUGCAUGCCCCAAUGCCACCGAUGAGGACAAAGCAAAGUGCAGUAAAGCUAUUGAUGAGUCUAGGAGAGCUAAAAGGGCUAGAAGGGAGAAAGAACAAGAGGUUAGAGAUGCUGUUACGAUUGAUGUUGAGUCAGAUGUAGAACCGGAAGAAAAUACUGGGCUUGAUGAGAUUACAGGCUCAGGAUCACGUGUGAUGGGUCCUAUGGACAACUUCACAAAGCCUAUGGACUCUAAUUCGUUGGCCAAGGGGAAGAAGCUCCAUCAGCAAAAAAUCAGUGAGCAUGUCAUGAAAGAAAGACUUCAUAGGUUCAAGAGAUAUGUGGCAAGAUGGUUGUAUGUUCGCAGAAUACCUUUCAAUGCAAUCAAUAAUAUAGAGUUUGAUCAAAUGAUUGAAGCUGUUGGUCGCUUUGGGCCGGGUACAAAGAAGCCUUAUCAGCAUGAGUUGAGAGAGAAGCUGCUGCAAGAGGAAGUUCAAGAUACAAAGGAGAUGUUGAAGGCACAUGAGAAAGAAUGGCACAAGAAUGGUUGCUCCAUUAUGACAGAUGCCUGGACAGAUCAGAAACGAAGAAGCAUUAUGAAUAUGUGUGUCCAUUGUAGCAUUGGUACUAGCUUUCUUGAGUCAAAAAAAGUUUCAACCGAGUCCCACACUGGAGAAUUCAUUUUUCAGUAUGUGAACAGCUGCAUUGACAAAGUUGGGGCUGACAAUAUAGUUCAAGUAGUCACAGAUAAUGCUUCAAACAACAUGGCAGCAAAAGAUUUGAUGUCUGUAGAGAGGCCUAAAAUAUUUUGGACUUCAUGUGCAACUCACACAAUCAAUUUGAUACUUGAAGGAAUGGGAAAGAUGAAGAAGUUCAAGACCACAAUUGCUCAAGCAAAGUCAUUGACAAUCUUCAUUUAUGCACACCAUAGGACCUUGGCAUUGAUGAGGAAGUUUACAAAGAAAAGAGAGAUUGUUCGGCCAGGCGUGACUAGAUUUGCAUCCAACUUUCUCACCUUGCAGAGUUUGUAUGAGAAGAAGGAGCAGCUAAGGACGAUGUCUCAAAGUGAAGAGUGGGAGAAGAUAAGCCAUGUCAAGAGUGCAAAAGAAGUGCAAGCCACAGCCACCUUGUCAUGGACGGUUUCUUAUGAUAAGCAAGCCCAAGUACUGAAUGAGGAAGUGCACAAGUUCAAAGACCGUGCUGGUCAUUUUGGAAAACAAGUGGCUGCUGCUGGCUGUAAGGAAUUUGACAUGAAUCCUGCCAAAUGGUGGGGAAACUAUGGAACACAAGUACCAGCAUUACAAAAGAUGGCUAUCAGAAUUCUAUCCUUGACUUCAAGUGCAUCAGGUUGUGAAAGAAAUUGGAGUUGCCAUGAAGGGAUUCAUACUAAAAAAAGGAACAAGCUCACUUGUGAGAGGCUUGAGCAACUUGUGUUCGUUCAAUUCAAUGCUCUCCAUGGACCGAAGAGAGAUAAGGCUCACAAGAACAAAAAUGUGGAUCCCCUUCUAGCUACUGAAGCAACAUGUGCUCAAGGAUGGAUCGUGGAAGGAAUGAAAGAGGAUGAAAUCAGAGAAGUUGAUCCUGUUACGGGCCUGACAUGGCAGCUAAUUGCAGAAAAUUGUGGUGUUGAUGAGGAUGAUCCUAUUGACGAGGAAGAAAUUGAGUUUGAAUCUGACCAAGAAGAUGUGGUCACAACAGGCUAUGAGGCAGAGGAGGGGCUGAGACUAGUGAUGAUUGAGCUGCUCCAAGUCAUAUGA